AUGUCUGUCUCAGAAGUUGACAAGUACCUUUGGUUGGCCUACUGCAAGGCAGUACAGAAUGCUGUUGGCGGCCUGCCUGGACACAAGCCAGCCCUUUUCUUUACCAAAAAGGCUCAAAAGGCACCCGUUGCAUCGCCAGACGUUGAUCCAGCCUACACAAACUAUGGCAUCAACAAUAUCAUCAACAACUUUCUGCAGACAAACGAUCUCUUCUUCGAUCCAUCUCACCACAAGACCUACACACAAUGCCUCCUCGAGUAUCUACUCUCUGUCAAGAUCGGCGAUGGAAACCAAACUCGUAUAACCAUGACAGGACGAACUCUAACUGGCGCUCUCGACCAAGCACUGCGCGAGAGAGAGCGCGCACUAGACAAGUUCGAGAAGGAAGAAGGUCAUGGACUGACUGGUGAACAAGACUUUUCCCAGUGGUGGCCUUCACAUGCACCGGCAUACUCUGCCGCCAAGUCAAAGGUCGAAGCCGUGGCUGCUGACUAUAAAGCCCUCCUCCUCAGUGCUGGAGGUCCAGCUGCCAGUCAGCUCGCGAGAGAUUUCAACAGAAUUAUCCAAGCUUUAAUUGGUGGACAGUCUAUCGACGGAAUCACCAUGCCAGCUUGUCACGCUUCGGCUGAAGUCACUAGGGAACUCCUGGAGAAAGACAGAACACCACAUGCCAUCACAUAUGUUCCUGAGUUCAUGUCUCCCCAAUACACAUCCCAGAUUGAGCACUGGAUGAACGGAGUUGGCGAUGGAGACUCAUCUAUGCAGAUUAACGUCGCGGAUGGAAAGUAUGUCAACGAGUCUGACUUUGGCCACGCUGCCACGGAUGGCUUUUCUUACGGCCCGUGGUUGUCAUUCUCCAGUGGCAAAGGAAGUACCAAUGAGAAGGGCUUGUCUUUUGGUUCUGUCGACACCGAUACAAACCUCGACGUUCAAUUCUCCUACGAUGAGAUUCAAACUGUCGCGGUCCCAGCUGGUGACUGGAAUGUCCCAAGCCCUGGCCGACGAUACCAACUUUCCAGCGCAGCUUCUGAAGAGUCUCGCAAGCUUGCCUUCCCAGAUUACCUCAUCGUGGUAAGAAACCUUGGCUUUAAGAUCAGUAUCCGAGACGAUAAGCUUGCGAGACAAGUCGACGACAUGUUUGAGCAAGCCAAGAACGCAGGGGGCUCUGUGCGUGUCUUUGGUAUACCUGCAACCCCAGAGGGUAACCCGGAUAAAGCUACAGAAGAGAAUGCGCACAUCGCUGAGUGGGAUCGAGGGAAUGGAAUGCUCUUGGUUCGACCCACGACUGACGCCGGUUUCGCCUCUGUCGUGGCCCUUGUCGGUGAGCUGAACAUCAGUCAGUAG